AUGAACUGGAACAAGACCUGUUCGUUGGGUCUCUUAGUUCUCGGCUGUAUGCUCGACAAUGAGUCAUCGGAACGAAAUGGCGAGGAUGGAGAUGACUUACCGGAGGCAUCCCGGCGGAGAUGGCGUCGGAGAAUGGCGACGGUGGCAGUGAGCGGGGAUGUAGGUGAGUGGCGGAGCUCCGACGGCCUCUUCCCGCCUGGUUUUAGCUUCCGUUUGACGGGAACGAUGAUUUGGAGAGAUAUGGGGGGCCGGAACUUAUCAGCAGCAGCAGGUGAGCUGUGGCAGUCGACUGUAGCUCCAACUUUCGUUUUCUUGCUGCUCGGAUGA